AUGGCUCUCGUCAGACGGGGCCUCGUGGGCCUUGUGCCCAGGCUGCUCGCUCAGUCGGAGGCAGCGAUCUGCAAUUCGGGCCUACAGGGCGUCGGCGCUCCGUCGUUGCGAGAUGAGGAGACUAGCAGCAGUGGCAGCAAAUGGAUGCCCUUCAGGGGCUUUGCCAGUGAGGUCACGGCGACCAGCCCGCUUGGUCUGUCGCCGUGUGACAAGCUGUCGGUGAUGCCCAACCACAACAUCACGUACGACGAGUCCAACCACAAGCGGCUGCCCCCCAGCGCCACGCCUGGCGUGUCGCCGGCGAUCCUGGUCCAGGCGGGCGGGCGCUUCUUCUAUGCCACCGCCGCGCGCCUGUUGGCGCUCAAGUUCAUCCUUUCCAUGACUGCCUCCGCGGACGUGCUGGCGAUGGCGUCACUGGAGGUGGACAUCAGUGGCAUUGCGGAGGGCGACGGCGUCACCGUCAAGUGGCGCGGGAAGCCCGUGUUCAUCCGCCACAGGACUGAGUCCGAGAUUGCUGAGGCCAACGGCGUCAACCUCGCGGAGCUCAGGGACCCCCAAACCGACUCCGAGCGCGUGAUCGACCCCAAGUACCUUGUGGUGGUGGGCGUGUGCACCCACCUGGGCUGCGUGCCCAUCGCGGGCGCGGGCGAGUACAACGGCUGGUUCUGCCCCUGCCACGGCAGCCACUACGACAUCAGCGGCCGCAUCAGAAAGGGCCCCGCCCCCACCAACCUCGAGGUCCCAGAGUACAGGUUCCUCGGCGAUGGCAAGGCUAUCAUCGGCUGA